CUCUCUUUGUUGGAGGAGGUGUUGCUUUGUGUUGUCGACUCCUCUUGCUCAUUGUACUUGGUGUAAAAGGAGUUCACUGAAAGUGCACAAUACUCAGGAAGGAAACGGGUUUGAUAUCCUGACAUAAAUUAGAUUUGAGCAAGGUUUUGAGCUACACGAAAAAAUUGAGACAAGCGAUGAACCCUCUAGCUCAGAUGUAGUGCAGUCACAAAUUUCAUCAUGCAUAGAAUGUCUGAUGAAAGCCACAGAAAUGGUGAAUACAUUGGGUUUAUUCAGUUCAAAUGAAGAGCUGGAAGAAAUCACAACUCUUAACUUAAGAUAUUUAUUAUUACCAGCCUUAAUGGGGGAUCUAUCUAUACGACAAACAACAACAGACCGUAUGACUGCUGUAAAUAGUGCCAAGAUUUAUUUUACAGACUAUUUGGAGAGAUGCCAAGAUUAUGGUUUACAUAAAAAUAAUAUUCCAAACAGUGCUGCGGCAGCACCAUCAUCAUCAAGAAGUUUACAUCAACAGGCAAAUGCAAGAGAAGAGAAAAUCAAACGAUACAAGGAACAAAAGCAGUUAGAGAGCAAACUUAAGGAAUUAAAUAAUAUCAUGAAAAAUACAAGUUCUUCUGUCACAGUUGAUGAUGAAAAACAGAGAGAAUGUAAUAUUGUACUUUUGAAACUUUGGGUUAACAAGGCAUUAGAGCAACUUUCAACAAUUGGAGAUGAGCUACAGAUUCUUGAACAUAUGGCAAAAAUGAAAGCAGGAAAAGUACCAGAGGAACCACCAUCUCAACAGCAAAGAAAGCCAAUGAAACCUAUCUUAAUUACUCGUGAAAUGCUGCAGUCUAAGGUAUUUGGUGCAGGAUAUCCUAGCUUACCAACAAUGUCACAAGAAGAAUAUUUGGAAAAGGAAAUCAGGGAAGGCAAAGUUGUCAUGGAGUAUAACCAAAAUGCACAGGGCCAAUCAGCUUCAAGAGCAGACGGCGAGACUAAAUCAGAUAGCGAUGGUGAUGAUGAAGAUAACCCUGAGAAACUACAGAAAGCCAGAGACUGGGAUGACUGGAAAGAUGAUAACAGACGGGGCUGGGGCAAUCGGGAAAACAUGGGAUGACUGAUAAUAAUGUCCAUAAAAUGCUGCUACCUCUCUAUUGAAUCUGAUGGUCAUCACUAUCAUCAUCAUCAUUGGCAAAUGUUAUGACUAUAGGCAGAAACUAUCCAGGUGGAGGAAGUGGGACAAGCAAGCCACAGUCACUCUGUACUUUGGCUAAGAGUGCAUGAAGGAGUUUCUAUCCAUAACUGAGAAUAUCUGAUUAUCAAUGCAACUGCACACUGUUCUACAUUGCAUUUAUAUGAUUCAUCUGCUGCUGGUUUAAAAAAAUCGUUGGCAAGUUUGAGAUGCCAAUGAAUCAGACAAUAUCUCUAGCCCUGGCUAUGACUGUGUGUAAAAUGAAAGAUAUUGUUUGUAAAAAAAAUAAAAAUAAUAA